CCCCCCUCCAGUCCAACAACCCGCGCGCGAGUGCCAGGGAGGAGAAAGAGGACUUGCGCUCGUCUUCUGGUGGUCGUCGGGCUUGCAGUUGGGGGCGCAGGGCGAUCUUGAGCAACGGCGAUGGCUCCGUCCCGGCUAGGAAGGAGGGUGUUUGUGGUGGGAGUCGGCAUGACUAAGUUUGAAAAGCCUGGGUCUCGUGAAAAUUUUGAUUACCCCGAUAUGGCUAAAGAAGCAGGUCAGAAGGCUCUUGCUGAUGCAGGUGUCCCUUAUUCUUCUGUGGAGCAGGCAUGUGUGGGCUAUGUUUAUGGUGAUUCAACCUGUGGUCAGCGAGCCAUUUAUCAUAGUUUGGGGCUAACGGGUAUUCCUAUUAUGAAUGUGAACAACAACUGCUCUACUGGAUCAACUGCUUUGUUCAUGGCCAGACAAUUGGUCCAGGGAGGUAUGGCUAACUGUGUCCUGGCUCUUGGAUUUGAGAAGAUGGCAAGAGGGUCCCUUUCAUCUCAAUUCAUGGACAGGGUGAAUCCCAUGGACAAGCAUAUGGAAGUGAUGAUAAGCAAAUACAAUCUCGCAGCAGCACCAGUUGCCCCACAGCUUUUUGGAAAUGCUGGCAAAGAACACAUGGAGAAAUACGGAUCAAAACAAGAACAUUUCGCAAAAAUUGCAUGGAAGAAUCAUAAACAUUCGACCAACAAUCCGAAUUCUCAGUUCCAAAAGGAGUACAGUUUGGAUGAAGUGUUGCAGUCACGUAAAGUUUUUGAUUACUUAACAAUACUACAGUGUUGCCCAACAUCUGAUGGGGCAGCAGCAGCGGUGCUGGCUAGUGAAGAGUUUGUGAGGAAGAAUGGCUUGGAGUCGAGAGCCGUUGAAAUUGUGGCCCAGGAGAUGAUGACUGAUCUUCCAAGCACAUUUAUAGAGAACAGCUGCAUUAAAGCGGUUGGGUAUGAUAUGACAAAGGAGGCUGCAAAAAGAUGUUAUUCAAAAGCAGGCCUGAAACCAGAAGAUGUGGACGUGAUAGAACUUCAUGACUGUUUCUCUGCUAAUGAAUUAAUAACUUACGAAGCUCUGGGACUUUGUCCUGAAGGAGGAGCUGGUGAGCUGAUUGACCGAGGAGACAAUACCUAUGGUGGAAAAUGGGUCAUAAAUCCAAGUGGCGGCUUGAUUUCAAAAGGACACCCACUGGGUGCCACAGGUCUGGCUCAGUGUGCUGAACUCUGCUGGCAGCUAAGAGGAGAAGCCGGAAAGAGGCAGGUUCCCUGUGCAAAGGUUGCUUUGCAGCAUAACUUGGGCCUUGGAGGUGCUGUGGUUAUAACUCUGUACAGAAUGGGCUUUCCUGAGGCUGCAAGGAAUAGGCAAAUCCAAGCUAUUCCCACCAGGGCAGCUGUGGAUGGGUUUAAGGCAGGUUUUGUCUUCAAAGAAAUUGAAAAGAAGCUUCAAGAGGAAGGGGAACAGUAUGUCAAGAAAAUUGGUGGUAUAUUUGCCUUCAAAGUAAAAGAGGGCCCUGGAGGUAAAGAAGCAACUUGGGUAGUUGAUGUGAAAAAUGGUAAAGGCUGUGUGGAUUUCGACUCAGAUAAGAAAGCUGACUGCACAAUUACAAUGGCUGACGCUGAUUUGCUGGCUCUGAUGACUGGCAAGAUGAAUCCGCAGACAGCUUUCUUUCAAGGCAAAUUGAAGAUUUCUGGGAACAUGGGCAUGGCUAUGAAGCUACAGAACCUACAGCUUCAACCGGUCAAAGCUAAACUUUGAACCACCGACUUCAAGAUGCAAUUUAGAUGUGAACAACGUGUUUAAUAUAUAUAUAAAAACUAAGCAGGAACUAGAUGUUGGAAGUAGCAUGGGACAGGUUUUCUGAAUAGGUGUGAUCAACUCUAGCUUUCCUGAGGCCUCUGUUCAAUGGAAAUUUUGGCACUGUGUUCCAUAAAUCAGCCUAAACGAUCGCAAAGUGAAUAAAAUAUUAGUGGUUGGCAUGUUUAUAAUGGUUAACACCAGCAUGAUGUAUAACAAGCCCUGAUUUUAUCUCACCUGAAACCAUCCCCCCCCCCAAAAUCUAAAUCAAGGGAUCAGCCUCCCAUAAAUUCUUGUGAAGUUUAAAAAGCAGGAAGAGUGAUAGAGAAUAUCACCUGUUUGGCAAAACAAUUCUUUAAAAAUUUCAUUUGUAUCUUAAGAAUACUUCCAUAGCAGCUCAAAGAAAUACUUUUUUACUUUGGCUGGGAUCCAGAGAACUAUUUUAGGUAGGCCCUAGAGCUUGGACAUACUCAUGUGAGGUUCUUUCUUUCAGUAACAGGCACACACACAUGCCUGUCAUAUCAGAAUGCUUUUGAAACACUACCUGGUUUCGAAGGUGGUGAUAUUGUGGGUGAAUGCUGUAGAAACAGAACUCCAAAGCUCCCAUAGGUGAGGAGAACUAGUUAUAUUGAUUUCUUUGGAUCCUAGCCUUCAUUGAAUAGAAUUUCCAAAUUCCCAUAUGAAGGGUUGUUUUAUCGUAUUGGAAAUCAGAUGGUUCGCAUUAAUUGCAAUAACAUUUAAUUGUAGUGCUUUCUCCCUAACAUAUGCUUACAAGGGUAAAGGGUAGCACUUUUUAAGCAUUUGUUUGGUUUUAACUGUGCUAUACAGAGUUCUGGAAACUGAUAAUUCUUUAAUAAAUUCAUAUAUAAAUACUA